AUGUUAACAGACAAGGACACAUUCUCGUCAAUCGCCAGCUUCUCGCUUGCCUCAUACCAGUUUCGCCAGAUUGCCUUCCGACGCUUCUUCUACAGACUGUAUGCGCGCAAUAGCGCGCACUUUGAGCGGUGCUGCCAGAUACCCGGCAUGUUCACAUGGGUCCGCAAUCUAGAAUGCUCAACGAAAACCCUGUCGACAAAACCUGACUUGCUAGCAAAAUUCGACCGACUACAAGUCGUCGAGAUUGACUUCUUUCCUGACGGCCUGGCGACGCAGACUGACCGUACCAAACUGCUCUUCGUGCACCUGCCGGCCACUAUCACCGAGCUCAGACUGACCUUCUUGCCUCGCAUCGAUACACAACUGCUUUCUGUUAUCGCCUCUCGUUUCCCUGCUCUUGAAAUGCUGGAUUUGACCUGUACUGACCGACUGGACGAAGAGUGUUGUUGGCUCUGCUAUGAAGAAUCCUCGAGUUGCGCUGUGCACUCGCCGGUCCCGGACAUCUAUCUCACCGUAGAAAACCUCGCGGCAGCUUUCGGCGACGCCCUGAAGCCCCUCAAGAAGCUCGAACAUCUCUUUCUCGGCAUCUUCCUAUCGGACGUGGACGUCCUGCACCAACACUUGGUGCAUCGCGGUCUCGAAAUGGAGAGCCUUGGGGACGCACUGACGGCGCCAUACGGCCCUGACCUCUGCACUUUUUGCAAGACCGGGCACCAAGAGGCAACGAGGAAGAGGGAGCUCGUCGCUAGCGCGUGGAUGGCGCGAUCCCUGCCUUCGAUGAAGACAAUCACCUGGAGCUCGUUUUUCGCCAAGUCGGAGCCAGGUGACGAUACUCAAGCGCGGAUGACGACGGCGUGGGUGCGCAGAGCCAAUGGGGCUGUCCAGGUUAGGCGGGCGCCGUGGUGA